GCGUGAAAAAGGAAAAGAAGAUAAUUAAUUCUCCAAUUAUUAUUUUUUUUCUUUUUAUAUAAAAGAUUUCAGAGCUAAACCUAAUCCCAGAAAAAUUAAUUCCACUCGCUCCGUACUUCCGCUUUUCGAUCUUUUUUGUUUGUUUAUUGUUUUUCUCAUCUUUCUCUCUCUCUCUCUCUCGCGGUAUUGAACGCUGGGGGUAAAUUUCUAUUAGCACGUGCGAUUCAGGCGGUGUUUUCUUCCCUUUUAUUUUCCGAUCGUCGUCCUCGUCCUCGCGAUUCUGGGUUUUGCCAUCGAAUUAUCGAAGCUCCGUUCGCAUCUGUUCUUGCUUCUGCUUUCACUUUGCAUCUUCCCCUUCCGGUUUGUUUUUUAGGGGUACAUAAAAUACAGAUAUGCUGUAAAACGUGUGUGGAAUGACAAUUAGAGGGGGGAAAAGAAGGAAGCAUGAGCGGUGAUCGCUGGUGCGAUUUUACAGUGAGAUUGUGGAAUAAGUUAUGCGUUUUUUUUCUAGUAUUAGUUACUAAGACAAGGCCUAAACGAAGAAGGAAUUUAGAUAGAAAUGAAUAUGCAGGCGCAUAUGUCAGAACAGGUACCUAAUCAAGGGGGAACCCAGCAAAAUGGGAACCUGCUUCAGCCUUCCCAGAUGCAGAAUUUAGGGGUUGCUGGAGGUAUGAGUGCCGUUGGUGUUCUUGGAACUGGAGGUCCUCCCAAUAAUAUAAUGAACAUGGAUCCGGACCUCAUGAGAACUCGUGAUUUUAUGCGUGGAGAAAUCAUUAAGUUUUUAAAAUCACGCCAACAACAUCCCAUUUCGGACGCAUCAAUGAUCAAGUUUCAGGAUUUUGCAAGACGGUUGGAGGAAGCUUUAUUUAAGUUUGCUCGUACAAAGGAGGACUAUACAAAUUUGGGUACUUUAGAGCAACGAUUACAGAUUCUAAUAAGGGGUACUAGAAAUGCGCACAACCAAAGACAUGCACAACUUGUUAAUUCGGCAUCAGCACCAGUUGGUACAAUGAUACCGACCCCCGGUAUGUCACACAGUAGCAAUCCUAGCAUCAUGGCUACACCUUCUAUUGAUACAUCUAUGAGUGCUGCCAAUGCAAGCAUAGCUCCUACAAACGCCAAUACAGGAAGUCUGUUGCCUACUGCUAGCAUGAAUAGUGGUUCCUUUGGGAGAUCUGAAGGAAAUUUAUCUAAUGGGCAUCAGCAGUCUGCAAAUUUUCUUAUCUCUUCUGGUGGAAUGUCAUCAGCUGGUGUGCAAAGAAUGGCAAGCCAAAUGAUCCCCACACCUGGGUUUAAUAGUAAUAACAAUAACAAUAGCAUUAAUAAUCAGUCCAAUAAUGUUGGUGGGCUUUCAACUGUCGAAUCAUCGAUGGCAUCUCGGCCACAGCAGCAAAAGCAACAUGGUGGUCAAAAUAGUCGUAUUUUGCACACCCUUGGUAGUCAAAUGGGUAGUGGCAUCAGGUCUGGCUUGCAGCAGAAAACUUUUGGGUUUUCAAAUGGGUCCCUAAAUGGUUCAUUGGGGAUGAUGGGCAACAAUGUGCUAAUUGGUAAUGAAUCAGGAACUUCUGGGGGAUUUCAGACUACCCCUCGUUUUGUUAAUUUACCCAAACCUUUGCUACAACAAUUCGAUCAACAUCAGAGACCCCUGAUGCAAGGUGAUGGAUAUGGAAUGAACAAUGCUGAUUCUUUUGGGUCUGGAAACUUGUAUGGUUCUGCAACAUCUGUCGGAUCUAUGACAAACUCUCAGAACUCUGAUCCUGUUAAUUUGCAGUCUAUGUCCAGAACAAAUUCUUCUCUGAUAAGUAAUCCGUCGAAUUUACAUGGUGCUGCUCAUAUGAAGCCCCAGUCCAUGGAUCAGCUUGAAAAGAUGAAUUUCCAACCUCCACUUUCUUCAGGAGACAAUGUCCUUCAAGCUAAUCAUCUGCAACAGUUUCAGCAGCAGCCCCUUCAGCUCCGACAACAUCAGUUUCAGCAACAGCAACCCCACCCUCAGCAAAAUCUGCAGCAUCAAAAUUCGCCGAGUAAAAGUGGUUAUAAUCAGUCCCAGGUGGCAUCUGAUAUAGGUAGUCAAGUGAAGCAUGAACCUGGAGUGGAAUGCCAUGAUGAGGUUCUACAUCAACAGACUUCUGAACAAUAUCAGCUUCCCGAAUUGCAGAGUCAAUUCCAGCGGAACCAUGCUGAAGAGAUCUCUAGUCAGCAGGAUACACAUUCAUGGCUACCACAAAAUUCUCAACAAAUGCAACAGAUGUUGCACCAACAGCAAUUGGUUCCAGAAUCUCAAAAUGAUUAUAAACUUUCAGCUGGUGCACUGUCGGAAUCAGCUGUGCAGAGCAAAUGGCAACCUCAGUCACAAGACAAGGCUCAAAUGCCAGUGAACAUAUCAUUUGAGCAACAUGUACAAGAAGAUUUCCAGCAGAGAAUAUUGGGGCAGGAUGAAGCUCAAUGUAACAAUUUAUCUGUGGAUGCAUCUACUAUCAGUCCGUUGGUUGUUCCUAAAAGCUCAUCCGAUCUUUCAAAUUCAAAGGGUGCUAUCUCUAAGUUUGGAAAUGGGAGCCAUGAUAGGCAAUUCCGAAAUCAAGUGAGGUGGCUUUUGUUACUUCGCCAUGCUCGGAGAUGUAAAGCCUCUGAAGGUAAGUGUGAUGGCUAUUGCUUUACUGUACGAAAGUUGUUGUCUCAUAUGGAUCUGUGCGAAUCAUCUCAAUGUACAUAUCCUCGUUGUCACCACUCCAAGAUACUGAUUCGGCAUCACAAGGCUUGUAGAUAUCAAACAUGCCCUGUUUGUGUUCCUGUUAACAGUUAUGUACAGGCUCAGAAGGCACGUACCUCUCUAAACUCUACUUCUGUUUUGCCUUCUCCUGAUGGUAUGUCUACUAAAACACAUAAUGGUGGAGACUUUUCAAGUAGAACUAUUACUACAUCUGCAGCAUUUGAUACUUCUGUAGACAUGCAACCUUCACUAAAACGCAUGAGGAAAGAUCAAUCUUCACAAUCUGUUAUUGCUAAAAGUGAAGGUCCUCUUAUAUCAAGUUCUGUAGUUUCUGAAAAUCACAUAUCUCAGGAUAUCCACCACCAAGAUCAUAGACAUGUUGAUAGGCGUAUGCCAGUUAAAUCUGAGCCUAUGGAAAUGAAGACGGAAGUCCCCAAGAUUUCUGCCAAGGGUUAUCCUGUUAUAACUGAGAUGAAGGAUGUUUUAGAAGACAUUUGCAAGCAGAAGACUAACGGUGAGCCUAUUAAAUGUGAUGAAAUUGGUGGCCUUCAUAAGCAAGAAAAUGCUAAGAUUGAGAAGGAACCUGACCCAGUUAAACUAGAAAAUGCUACACAGUCUUGUGAAGGUGGAGCUGGAACCAAGUCUGGGAAACCAAAUAUAAAGGGGGUGUCAUUGACUGAACUUUUCACUCCCGAGCAAGUUCGGGAGCAUAUUACAGGCCUCAGACAAUGGGUUGGCCAGAGUAAGGCGAAGGCUGAAAAGCAUCAAGCAAUGGAGCGCUCAAUGAGCGAGAACUCCUGUCAGUUAUGUGCAGUUGAGAGACUCAAUUUUGAACCACCACCUAUUUAUUGCAGCCAUUGUGGUGGUCGCAUUAAGCGAAAUGCACAGCACUACACAGUGGGUGCUGGUGAUACACGACAUUACUUUUGCAUUCCAUGCCAUAAUGACGCUCGUGGGGAUAGCAUUGUUGUUGAUGGAGCUCCCAUUCCUAAGGCAAGGCUUGAGAAGAAGAAAAAUGAUGAAGAGACCGAAGAAUGGUGGGUUCAAUGUGACAAGUGUGAGGCUUGGCAGCAUCAAAUUUGUGCUUUAUUUAAUGGUAGAAGGAAUGAGGGUGGGCAAGCUGAAUAUACAUGUCCCAAUUGCUAUAUUGCUGAGGUUGAAAGAGGAGAGCGGAAGCCCUUACCUCAGAGUGCUGUUCUGGGGGCCAAAGAUUUGCCAAGAACAAUCCUCAGUGACCACAUAGAGCAGCGAUUAUUUAAGAGACUGAAACAUGAAAGACAAGAGAGGGCAAAGGUUCAAGGAAAAAGUUAUGAUGAGGUUCCUGGUGCUGAGGCACUUGUAGUUAGAGUUGUUUCAUCAGUUGACAAAAAACUGGAAGUAAAGCCACGGUUUCUUGAAAUCUUUCAAGAAGAGAAUUAUCCACAAGAAUUUCCAUAUAAAUCAAAGGUAGUUUUGUUGUUUCAGAAGAUAGAAGGGGUAGAAGUAUGCUUGUUUGGCAUGUAUGUUCAAGAAUUUGGGUCAGAAUGUGCAUUCCCAAAUCAGCGUCGUGUUUAUCUGUCAUAUCUAGACUCAGUGAAGUAUUUCCGGCCUGAGGCUAAAACAGUUACUGGGGAGGCUCUCCGUACAUUUGUUUACCAAGAAAUCCUUAUUGGAUACCUUGAAUAUUGCAAGAAGCGUGGUUUUACAAGUUGCUAUAUAUGGGCUUGCCCUCCACUAAAGGGUGAAGAUUAUAUCAUAUAUUGUCAUCCAGAAAUUCAGAAAACACCAAAAUCAGAUAAACUGCGAGAAUGGUAUUUAGCAAUGUUAAGGAAAGCUUCCAAGGAAAACAUCGUAGUUGAUCUAACUAAUUUAUAUGAUCAUUUCUUUGUAACUAUGGGUGGACGUAACGCAAAGGUAACAGCAGCUAGACUGCCAUAUUUUGAUGGUGAUUACUGGCCUGGGGCUGCUGAAGAUCUUAUAAAUCAGCUUUGUCAAGAAGAUGGCAGAAAGCUGAAUAAAAAAGGAACAAUAAAAAAGACUAUAACAAAAAGGGCUUUGAAAGCAUCUGGUCAGUUUGACCUCUCUUCUAACGCAUCAAAGGAUCUGCUACUGAUGCAUAAACUUGGUGAGACCAUUUCUCCAAUGAAGGAGGAUUUUAUCAUGGUUCAUUUGCAGCAUUGUUGCACUCAUUGUUGUAUUCUUAUGGUAUCUGGAAACCGUUGGGUCUGCAACCAGUGCAAGAACUUUCAAAUUUGUGACAAGUGCUAUGAAACAGAGCAGAAGCGUGAUGAAAGAGAGAGACAUCCCAUUAAUCAGAGGGAGAAACAUGUUCUCUAUCCAAUUGAGAUUACUGAUGUGCCUACUGAUACAAAGGAUAAAGAUGAAAUUCUUGAGAGUGAAUUCUUCGAUACCAGGCAGGCUUUUUUGAGUCUUUGUCAAGGGAAUCAUUAUCAGUAUGAUACCCUAAGGCGGGCUAAACAUUCGUCAAUGAUGGUUCUUUAUCAUCUACACAAUCCCACUGCACCUGCAUUUGUCACGACCUGUAAUGUAUGUCAGCUGGACAUUGAAACUGGUCAAGGUUGGCGCUGCGAAGUUUGCCCCGAUUAUGAUGUGUGCAACUCCUGUUAUCACAAGGAUGGGGGCAUUGAUCAUCCUCAUAAGUUAACAAAUCAUCCAUCCAUGGUUGAACGUGAUGCACAGAAUAAGGAAGCUAGGCAACUACGGGUUCUACAGCUGAGGAAAAUGCUUGACCUUUUGGUGCAUGCAUCACAAUGUCGUUCUCCACAUUGCCAAUACCCAAACUGUCGGAAAGUGAAAGGGCUUUUCCGCCAUGGAAUACAAUGCAGAAGACGUGUUUCUGGUGGUUGUGUACUUUGUAAGAAAAUGUGGUAUCUACUGCAACUUCAUGCUCGAGCAUGCAAAGAAUCUGAAUGCCAUGUACCACGGUGCAGAGAUCUUAAGGAACAUUUGAGGAGGCUUCAACAGCAGUCUGAUUCACGGCGAAGGGCUGCUGUGAUGGAGAUGAUGAGGCAGAGAGCUGCAGAGGUUGCCGGUAAUUCUGGGUAAAGCCAAAUUGUAAAUAUAAAUUUGGAGUUUUUUUGAUGAAAAAUGCUCUCUUCAAGAAAGGCAGGUAGAAAAUAGUUUUUGUGCUGCUCCACUGGUUCACUUGGCACCGAUUGGGAAAGCUGUAGAAGCUCAGAAGGGGUAUAGGCAUACAAUACUCUGCAAACAGAUUGACUGGUGAUGGCUUGUUACGGCAUAUUAUUAUCAUUCAUGGAACCCGUGACUGGAUCCUGAUCCCCUAAAGUUAAUGAGUUCUUUAAGAUCCGAUCAGCCUGCAAUAGUCGCCUCGGAAUUCAAAGUAUAGAUGUGUGUCAAUGCCCUGAUUAGGUUAUUAUGUUAGUUUUCUUUUUGGUAUUCAUUGUCGUCCCUUUGGUGUUAUAAUUGUUCAAAACCUUUGGAAAUCGCUUUCUCACAGGAACGCUGGGAAUGAGGGACAAUAGUUUCAAUUCUUAUUAUUUUUGAAUUUUGGUUAUUGUCUAUGUUUUUACCUUUUUGUAGAACGGCUUCUUUAUCUUGGGAGUGAGGGAGCUUAGUUCCAAUUCGUUUUUAUUA